AAUAUAAUAGACAUUGUGUGUAUAAAAUCAGCAAGUGCAUUAAUGUGAAAGUUAAGAAAAGUGGAAUACACCAUAUUUAUCUUAGGUAGUGUUUUUCAUAAAAGUUAACGUAAACUUUUAGAAGUUUGGAGUCUGCACUAUUAGAAACGAAGCAUAUUUUUUCUCAUCCGACUCGUUCGCUCAUCAGUUACACAUAUCGCAGUGUGCGUGCUCGUUGCUAAUCGCUUUGCAAAGGUGUGCGUAUGUGAAAAUCUUUGUCCUAAACGCUGCAGUGGAAGAAUGUAAAUGGUGGCGCUUUGAAUGUGAAGAAAAGGGAAUCUUCCGAAUUCUAAAUUCUGGUUUGUUAGAUUUACAACGAUUUUGCGGUACAACAUGGGUAAAGGUCGCCGCACACGUCAAACCAACCCUGUCAACCAACUGCUUUCAGCAACAACUGGAGUGGAUGAUACCGCCAGUCCUAAGCGAAAAGAUCUGAAGUUUGACAAUAGCGCGCCCAAAGCUUCCCAAUCCAAUCCUGUAAACACGGCCAGUAAAAACAAAUUGCCGCCGGGAACCACGGAAACAUCAAUGCUUCUCCGAGCUAGUCGCUCGAAAACUAAUGGCAUAGCCAAAUAUUUCACAAACUGCGAGAAAUCGUUAUCUGCAGCUGUAUCCGACCCAGUUCCUGUCGCAAAAUCAGAAAAUUUUAUUGACCUUACAGACGAGAACACCUGUGAUUCGUUCGAAAAUAACACAAAUGGUGUUACGACGCCUUCUAUCGACGUUUCACCGUUGGCUGCACUUGGUUUCAACGUCGUCAAAAGCAAUCCAGCUUGCAACAUAUUUUUACAGGAACCAGUUUUAACGCUGAACUUUGACAAAACACCGACAGAUCAGUCGCGAAUGGUUAUUAAGAACUCCUUCCUUGCGACGGAGAUACAAAAUAAAUUUUCUCCCCCUAAAUGUGAUCCUAUGUGGAGCAGCGCGAUGGCGUCGGUCAAGCGAGAGACAGUCGAAGAGGAACAUGCUCUCGAUCUCUCGAUGCCCACACAAGUAACGUCUAUUGAUUCGACCACGUUCCUAAAUCAAGACAGCAAUUCGUGUGAUAGUGGUGACAGUGGAGUGGUUAUUCUUCCGGAAGCAGAAGCGCUUGAAACUAGCACCAGUUGCGAUGGCAAGAAACGCAAACCUGCAACGCCACAUCGCAUUUUGUGUCCAUCGCCGGUGAAAAAUCCUAUAGUUGCUAGUCCCUCGAAAGCGUUGGCUCAUCUCAAUAUUCAAAGCAAACGUGCCACCAGAAAAAAUGCUAAGUCCAAACGAAGACUUCACACUAAGGAGUUGGAAAACGCAUUGGAGGAAUCGGUAGUGCCACAAACUGCUGAUAUUUUCCCGGCAGUAACUGCGGCAACAAUUCCAGCCAAAGAGCCAAUCGAUAAAAAGAAACCAGUGUUAAAUGAUUCCGUAAAUCCAACCGCACAACAGAACACCAACAAUAACCAAAGCAGUAAGGUGAGCGAAGCUCCGAUAAUCCCGUCAGCCAGAAGUGGUGGCAAAAAUGUGAUUGCUGCAACUGGAGGAAACAAAAAGCUUACCGACUUUUUCCAAGUUCGGCGCAGUGUUAGAAAAACCAAAAAAGAAGUUCAGUGGGAGCGGGAUCGCGAUAUCGAGAAGGCAAUACUCGAAGAACGAGAUCAUGGUUUAAAAAUUGCGUACUUCGAUGGGAAAGGUCGAGGAAUAGUGACGACAAGGCCUUUUAUGAAGGGAGAAUUUGUCGUGGAAUAUAUCGGUGAUUUGAUUUCGGUUGCAGAGGCCAAACAACGCGAGCAAAUUUACGCAGAGGACGAUAACACAGGCUGUUAUAUGUACUACUUUAAACACAAGAACGUUCAGUACUGUAUUGAUGCGACUGCUGAAAGUGGCAAACUUGGGCGACUAGUGAACCACUCGCGCAACGGAAAUCUUAUGACCAAAACAGUGUCCUUGAAUAACCGACCUCAUCUGGUGCUAAUAGCCAAAGAAGAUAUUACCGAAGGUGUGGAGGUCACGUACGAUUAUGGUGAUCGGUCGAAGGAAGCUCUUCUACACUAUCCCUGGCUGGCUUUCUAGAAGACAUCAGUUCCCGAAGACUCAUGCAUCUAGUUCAACAACAAAGGUUUGCAUCACGUUGCAAUGACGAGAGCGAACAAGUAUGUACCACCAUGUUUUUGUUAGAACGAUCUGUGCAUGUUCUUAGGCACCGAAAGUGUUUGAUUGGUUUAUGUGCGAUUUCCAUUUUUUACGGAAAAUUGUAUAUUGAAGCAGUAAUUUUGGACGCGUUAAUAAGUUUUUGAUCUAUAGUGUUACGGUCAUAGAAACUAGAGCAGAUUUUUUUUGCAUAUUACAUAACAUAAGAGGGCGUUUCCUUUGCAGAACGUUGCAACGACUCUGAACUAUUUAUCAAGAAUAAAACGUAAAUAUUAAUUUAUUUUUACUUUUUAAAAGAAUUAAAUUUUUGUUCUGAAAUUAUAGUGGCAAUUAUGUUAAAAUAAGUUUGACUUUAGACUACGGUCUUCCUUUUCACAGAGGCAACCCAUAAAAAACGUAGAAAGGAAAGGCUUUGGUAUUCGUCCCCCAGAAUACUUGAUCUGCUUUCGACAGAAUUCGCAGCCGGCUGUUAGUGUACAGAACAAAUGACAAUGCAAACACACACAUAUAGGAAUAUUUCUCAACUUGCUAUUUUCGACCGCAACGUUAGCUUUUAUACUGAAGAUCACUCUUUCGUUAGUAAUCAAGAAAAUCCGGAUUUUCUUUGCUUCAUAGGUUAAAUUUUUUCGUAAGAUUGUUGUAACUAAUUAAAAUAAAAGACCCGGUUUUAUUCUUCCCAUCGACCAGACGAGUUGGUGGUUAUAAAUUGAAGGCUGCUGUAUUUUCUCAAUCCAAACAGUUUUGUUCCUUAAUUCUAGAUGAGGGAAAAUCCCUCACCUGCUGCGCCCCUAAAGUGAGUGCAACCUGCGAUACUCCUGCUGUCCUAUUCUGACACGUGCUAAUUUGCACUCCGCAUACGUGUACCUUCGUCCGUUCACUCCCGCAAGUGUUCAUUUCGCAUGGCCCCACAAGCGGUGGUAAAUAAAUUGAUAAGCACAGUUAGGCUGUAUGGAGCAUAUCGCUCGCAUUCUCUUAAGUAAAGAGUUGCGCUCUCCCGAUAGAGCUACGAGACAACCCUCAAAUGCCCAAGCGGCUAGCAAUAGCGACGAUGUCGGUCACGUUGCCCCGCUCGGUGAGAAGUGUAUAUUUUCUCUGCUCAAAACAAGGCUUACGGAACAGAAACGGUUUUGGUGGGCCUCUUAUUUGGGCUUAACUUCACACAGUUGCCAUUCUUAGAAAUGUUUACGGUUCUACUUUCGGUUCAAUGCGGCUUGAUGGCUUGGUUUAUAUAUGUUUAAAAUAGCCUAAUACUGCGGGAUUUCGUCAUUCGGAUCCACGCAAGAUCUCAAUUGGGAUGAGUAACGGGCAGGGUUGCUACAUCCCCCCCAUAUGAGCUGCUGAUCGUCUUUGAAAGGGAGGCUCGGCAACUGGUAAGUGGUAGGCACUUGGUGUGCAUAUCACCGCGACUGUAGUUUCCAUUCGUGUUAUCACUGAGAUGUCUGGGAAUGGUGAAAGCUUUGAGUGUGUCGGACGAGCGAAGAUUCUCUUGGUAUGCUCAGGCAUCGAAUUAUCUUGACCGGCUUCUCGUUAUUGUCUUCAUGGCUUGCAGCUUCUCAUCGUGGUAACUCAUUGUCGUUGUUCCCGCGGCUUAUUGGCUGCGCGUCCAGGCAUAUUUGUUAAGAAUAAUAGUUCCAUUCUGUAUAGAAAAUAUCUUUAUAACGGGCCCUUUGACCUACUCGUCCAAAUAGUCGGGUGGACGGUUUUAAGAAAAAAUAAAAUCUUUCUCUUUUGCCUUUGUAUGGACUCGACUGGUUUUAUAUUACGUGACUUGCUUUAUAUUCAUAAUUAGGCUGCAGUCGACUGUAUUGACGUUUGACGAAAAUGCACCGUUUGGCAGCAGUUGACGUUUGACCAAAAUGCACCGUCGUCGUUUUGAAGUAGGACUACUUCUUUGAUUUCUAUAUUGGGGUGCACUUUAGAAAAACGAAAAGGGAACAUGUAACGAAAAGUGGUUAUGGUUUGCACGCUUAUAACUCAGUCAUCCGUCAACAGUUUCUAGAGAUAUUGGUAUCAAUCGAUUGGAAAUUUUUCAAAAAAUCCAUUACAACACAGUAGAUUACAUGUUUCCCUAACAGACGUUUAAUAAUUGAGAAAAUAUGAGUCGAAUAUUUAAUAUUUCAUUAUUUGCAUUUUUUUACCGUCCCACGUCAGUGCUUCCCUAGCACGGAUGACAGAAAUAUAUACGAGAUGAGCUAUGGGUUAAACUUCCUUUCCUUACCUUCUUCGGUCACCGGCUUUCGUUGGCGAAACAUCAGCCAGCAGCAGCUAGCUUGCGACGCACCGGACAGCCAGUUUUCGAGACACAUCGGUGGCAAAUUGGCAAUUUUAAAGGUUGUAUUUGAAACUUUGUUUGCCUUUGCCUCGGUGUGCGUCAUCCAUCAGCCGGUCGCCGACUUUCGUUGGCGAAACAUCAGCCAGCAGCAGCUAGCUUGCGACGCAUCGGACAGCCAGUUUUCGAGACACAUCGGUGGCAAUUUUAAAGGUUGUAUUUGAAACAUUGUUUGCCUUUGCCUCGGUGUGCAUGAUCAGUCCGUCGCCGGCUUUCGUUGGCGAAACAUCAGCCAGCAGCAGCUAGCUUGCGACGCAUCGGACAGCUAGUUUUCGAGACACAUCGGUGGCAAUUUUAAAGGUUGUAUUUGAAACAUUGUUUGCCUUUGACUCGGUGUGCGUGAUCAGUCUGUCACCGGCUUUCGUUGGAGACACAUCGGCAGGCAGCUAGCUUGCGACUCAUAACAUCAUAACAUAAAAGUCUAUCUUGAUUACAGAUCCUACCAGUAGCGUUUGUCCCAUAAACAGUAUUCCCACUAUUAAUCCACACACCAAUAACCUAUCUGAUGGACGAAAAAAGACAAUGGACACCACGAGUCAGAAAUUUGAGAAUUCGAGAAUAACAAACGGACCUUUGCAGGUCCACUAUUUAAAUUAGCUGAAGAGUUGAAAUUAUGAAUUUCUCACAUGUAAGAACACAAUCCUUUACAUGUCGUUACUCGCGUCAACUCCGAUUUAUAGGCAUGCAAAAACGUAACAGAAUUCUCUCGAAUACUAAUGCCACUUGGUGAAAAACUUAUGGAACUUUUUCCACCAUUUGUCUGCGGAUCAACCUUACUGAAAACAGUAAUUUUAUUUAUUGCUAGAUUCCCGAGAUAUACCAAGAUAAAGUCAACGGUUCACAGGUGUUGUACAAAAUACAACAGCGUAAGUAAACCUUCCGUUACUGCGCAACUGGGGAAUCUAUUAUAUGAAAUUCGUACAAAAAUCACCGGUUUUGGCAUUGGGAGACGAAUUGCUCUACAUUCGUAGUCCUACUUCAAGCCUGCGCCCGUGCCACUAGGCAUGGACCCUUAUACUUUUGCUUGAAUCUUUGAUGCCUCUCAGUGCUCCCAUAUAUUGACUUGUGGCAUUGCGUCGUCCUUGUAUUGGAUAGCAUACAGUGUUCGCAGGCAUUUGCUAUAGCGCCUGCUUAGAUUUUCGUGUAUUGAUAAUCAAUUGAGGUCACUCUUCCUCAUUCUAUGUUUCUUCUAGUUGUACUGCUUCUUGGUUAUGAUCGUCUGAUCCUCGCCUUCUGCAGAUCUCGCCAAUCCUUGACACUCGCGGCUCCCCUCUCCCACUACCUCGUUUUGUCAUCAUGGCUUUUCUAACAUUAAGCCCGUUGGUGUCUUGCGCGACACAUCGCCUCCCAUCGUUGUAUCCUCGGGGUCAUCUUGGAUGUGCAGGUAUAUCUAACACUUUGAAUCCUUAAAAUAACACUUCCUAAAAUUUUAAUCAGCGGUAACUAAACACGUUGUUUUGAAGUCUUAAGGAAGGACAGCUGGCUACCGCGGAUUACCUGUCUCCAGACGGGCUGUUCGUUGAAAUUAAUCCACGUCUUCCACGUUUGAUACACCAUCGAAAUUGCUUUUCUCGCCGCCAUGGCUCUAUGCCUGGGCGCCAUUCAGGUGAUCGUCAAAGUUUCUGGUGGAAUUUUCGUGUUUCGUAAGAAAAAUGGCAGCUACUCGAACUCCGCAUGCUCUUCCAGGUAGCGCUUUUUCUUCUUCUGUCUGUGUCUUUCCACGCUCUAAUCAGUGGUACUAAUUUUCUCUGCAACUCCGCUGUUGAUAGCUGUUCUGAUGGUAUUCCAACAGUCCUCGAGAGGGGCUUCGUCCAGGUCGUCCUCGUGCUGCAGCGCAGUUCCGAGUGAAAGCGCGUAGCUUUCGGGCGACGUCAGGCUGUUUCAGUCUCGCGAGACUGGCGACGGUACCAUUUGUUGUUCACAACGGAGAGUUUAGAGUGCAUCUUAACCGUUUUUUCCUGUGGAGACUCAUCACUGCGACCAGUAUAAUUGAUCUAUUGUGAUAUGGCCCGGGUGUUUUCUGUAUGACAUGCACUGCAUUUCUUUUUGCUAUACCGUGACCGCACGUAAUUGCGAUCAGCUUCUAAUUCCGAUCACUCAAACUAAAUAGUAAAUUUUUAGAAAAUUGAGCCAAAAUCUGUAGUAAAUGAGCUUGCUCAGUUAUUGUGCUAUGUGUUUAUGUGUCAGUUCUUGAAAAAUGACUGCCUUUGGGGCACCAUGCACUUCACAAUAAAUUAAAUUCGAUAGGCAGUAGCAAAAAAUGGCGCUAAGCGCGCGAUCAAAUUUGCUAAGAUCAUAACAGCGUGGAAACAUAUUACCUUUUUCGGUAUUCUAUGAUAACAUGUAGAUACAAGCAUAUAUAACCGUUCUAUAUCAAAUUUGGCUGAAAAUAUGCUAAAUUUGCGGAAUUUAUUCCAUUAAAGUGAUUGAUCGGAAUUAUGAACAUAACUUUUUUUUCUGCUCUUAAUUCCGAUCACAGUUAUAAACUCGCAAAAUACAUGCUAGCGUAGUUGCUAUUUAGAUUUUAGAAUUAUUCGCAACAUGAUAACAUGGUAGUAUUAUUGAAAUCCUUUGACGUAGAGCUACGUCUUACGGCAGGGUGUCAAUCCAAAAUUUGGAAUUAAGCCAGCGUCACAAAAGAAUGAAAGUUUUUGAACGCCAAUAGCUCUUCCAAUUUAAAACGGAUUUUGAUCAUAAAUGAUGCAGCAAUUGUAUGGCUUUCUUGAAAAGAUUGUUUGCCAAUCGCUAAAUAGUAAAAAUGAACGAAAACCUUCAAGCUAAAAUUUUUCCAUAUAUUUUCCGUACGAUAGUUUUGCACAGACGACCAUUACACACACUAAGCUUGUGGCUUCUGCUGCUUCAGAACAAAGAAGCAAAAUAAACUUGCGUGUUUUCUUGCUUACUACAAAGCAUAGUAAAGCUUCGGUGCUACAUUCCAUAAUUCAAAAUACUUGCUAAAGACACAUACCAUGUAAGCAAAUGUCAAAGUAUUAUUUUUCAGUGAGGACUCAAAGAUGAAUCAUGCCUCAGGUGAUCGGAAUUAGGUGCUUUCACGGUAAUCGCUAUUGAAUGAGCGCCAUGCUUAUUAAAUUUUAUGCUUGCUUGUGUGUAUACGGGUUUACCCUUCCUUCACAGCUUGUUCUGCUUUACUCACGACCACUCGCUUGUUAAAGCAGACUCGGUAACCUUGCGGCCACGGAACCCCCCUUAACCAAUACUAGGUAGAGUUCCAAUCGGAACCCUCCAAACACCGGUUUGUAUUCCUCCUGUUGGCCGAUCGGAACUUCCAAGAUGAAGCCUGCGCAUGUUGAUGAUGCUUAUGUUGAAAAACCGGCUUUCGACUACAGAAAAUACUGAGAUUUUUCGGCUCGCUUUGUACGAUACUUUUGGAAAAUGUCCUCGUUGUGACGUUGGUUUUCACCGGAGUUAGUUACUAAAUCUCUGCUCUGGUUGCUUGUGAUUCCUGGCAGGAAUCACAAAGAAGUAAGAAAGGGGUAUUGCUGGGUAAGAAGGUGGGAACCACUGCAGGCUCUAUUUGCUUGCCUCAUGUAGGUGAGGCACCGACGUUACGCUUUUUAUAAAGUGAAAGAGUUUUUGGUGCGAACAAUGAUUAACUGGAUGAAACUGUGAAAUUUCGAUAUUAGGCCAAAAAUAUAUUCGGACGUUCAAUGGCAGGUGGGACUCUAACCCACACUCUCUCGGGUUGUACCCAAGUGUUUUUGCAAUUAAACUACCGCCGCACCCUUAUACUAGAUAGCCUCAGAUCUAAUUUUGGCCCUCCAGUCUUUACCAUUCUAUACACCAACACAUACGCUCCCCCGCCAACGGUAAUUAUUUUUGUAUGAUUGCCCUUUGCUUCUACCACCGAGAAGAUAGAUGGUUUUCAACUGUUGUAGUGUGGUAGAAGCGAGCAGCCGACCUUCGAAGCGUGUUUUUUCUGUUUUACUUGUCUCUGUGUCUUAACAUUCUGAUUGAUAUUUUAUUUUGUAUUGCAUCGUUUUAUUACAUUUCGACAAGUUUUUUUGUAUGAAUAAAACGUUAAAGUGGUAUCACUAAAGUAUGAACAAUCAAUCGCAAAACUGAAGCUUUGUUUGGUAUUUAUACAAAUUAUUCAAAUGAAAAAUAUCUCCGGGUCAAAGAAAAUAGCGCUCAUGAGUGUUAAUAUAUUCCAAUAACUUUUUGCAAUAGUAGUAGGACGUAUGUUUAUAACGUCCUUCUGCUAUAGCAAAAAAUAAUUAGAAGGUAAUUUUCAGGUCGACAGUGACAGCUAUUCCAUAUUGUGUGUUUGCAUUUAACAGUGAAGAAGGCAGGCCCCUUACCAGAACACACCGAAAAGCCUAAAUAAUACGAAACAUUAAAAUAUAAGACUAGAAGAUAUUCCUAAAUUAUCGUCAAAUUGUUCAAUAGGGUAAAAAUGCGAGCUCACCAAGCGCUUGCAAAUUAAUUGCACUAUAGGAACGACAGUAGAUUAAACUAAAAUGAACUGCCAUUUUGUUUCCAAAUUAUUUUUGUCAAACAAAAUACUAAUCAUUUCAUCCAUAUGAAGUGUAUGAUAGCUUAGAGCAAACUAAUUUAGCAUUUGUCGUAAGUAGCUUGCAGUGUGUGACUGAUUUAGAAAAAAAUUGUUUCCACAAUAAAUUCAAAUAGAUCAGAAAUGGCAUCAAAAUAGCAAUUUUUAGAAAUUUUAGUUUUUUGAGCUUGCUUGAUAUCGUUAGUUGAAAUUUUAUUAAAUCGUAUACAGUACAAUGAAGAGUGCAGUUAAAAUCUGCAUGUGCACUAUGAAAGUUCUCAUAUUUUAAAUGUGUGUAUUAUAGACGAAACUAGCUUCAACUAUAAUAAUUACAAUAGUUUGUUUUAUUUAUAAAUUUCAUAAUCAACACGACAGCUGUCCUUCAUCGCUUAGUACUACUUUGUCGAAAAAAAUAUCAUAAGGGUCGGAUGUUCAAACCAAACUAAUUUACUGUUAAGUUAUGCGCUAUGUUCAGUCCACCGGUCAUUUUGUUAACUUGAUUAUACCUACUGAAAAUAAUCGGUUGGUAAUCCUAAACACUAAUUAGAACAAACUACCCAGUAACAAGUUUUGUCAGGCAGACAUAAACAAUACUUAAUUGAGCAAACACCGAUAGUACUAAAAGGAAAAACACGUAUUAGAAACUAAAUUUGAUUUAAAUCAAUGUUUUCUAUUACAUAUUAUAUAUAAAAUAAUAAUAGUUAUUUUUGUCGUGCAAAAUAGACGGCAAUUAGGCUUACUGAAUUAUAAUUCACACCCAACAAACUUCAUAAUCGAGAGGAACGUCUCGCGAUAGAAUAAACCGCCUCAGUAGUUAUUAUUUCCUUAUAGAACUAUGAUUACAAACUACCAAGCGAAAACUAAAAAAAGCAAAUGAGUAAAAGCUGCUCCAAAAGCUCAUCUAGACAUGGCACUAGGAUUGAAUUGAUAUACGGAAGGUCAGGGUAAACAAAAAGAGAGGAAUAGAUAUAAAGCUAUUUAAAAAGGAAACAAAUCUUUCAGUGAACCGGAAUGAUUGUUACGCCUGCCGUUGGUCUACCAUGAACAACACUAAGAAAAUGUUAGUCGGUCUUUUGUUAAAUUGAAAGACAUUUAUAACGUUAACGGUUUAAAAACGCAAAAUAUGCUCAGUAUCACGCAAAUGGUAAUGAGGCGAAUAUCAAUAUUAAUCAAGAAGA